UUUAAUUUCAACCUGCUACACAAGUUUGGCAUCUUCAACGUCCUUUGUAUUUUGGAAGUAUGUUGCUGAUUAUGCUUCAAAUUUAGCUUCAGGUUUAAACAAAUCAGCGAGAACGACUGAAGAUUGCCUUGGAUCGAAACGCGGUAACGACAACGAARUUCGCAGCGAUGCAGCAAGAUACGAAUUCAACCGCGCUACCUGAACCAACUACAAGAAAUAUUGCUACAAGUUGUGAUAUUGUCAAGCAAGGUUCAAUGUACAUGUCUUACAACCAAUUUUCUCUUAUUCCUGCGGCAUUGAUAAUAAUUGUCUUCUUGUUCAUGAGAAGAAGAGUAAAGGUUAGGAGAGAUUGCUUGGAUGGACGACCAGGGMUACAGAUCCCCGUGGAUUUUUUAGGAGAAGAAGAAAAUAGAUUUUCGUAUGCAAUUGCUUAUGGUGCUAUGGCCAUUGCUAUCACAAACAUGUUCUUUCAGUCAGGGACAAAAGUGGUGUUUGAUGUUGUUGGUCAUCCAUACAUAAAAGUCUUUCAGAGUAUCGUUACUGUGAUAUGUAUUGGUACUAUAUAUCUACCAUUCUUCAUGUGUCUAAGUACUGAUGCMAAGCUGCUUGGUGCUGUCUUUGGUUCUAUGUAUACAUUAGGACGAGGUAUUGGUCUGACUCUUGUAACGCUCGUGUGUCCAGUCGACAAAGGUUCUAUAUUUAUUUAUUGGCCAACAUUGGCAAUUUCACCAGCAAUCUUGUGUCACUUGGCUCUUUUUGUACGUUAUGUGGUGAUCUUUGURUUUGAAGUCAAGGACAAGUGCUACAAGAAGAAGUUUGUGUGUCGAGAUUUAAUAGGGGAURAUUGUAACUUUCAAGUUGGCCAUCACUACGUGAAUCACGUUAAGACGCUUCUACAGGGUGGACCUAAAAUAGGCAAUCAAAAGUGGUACGUCAAAGGUCGUAACUUUGUUUAUACACCUGAACCUCAUUUCAAGUAUUCUGUUGCAAUCCUCUCCACUGUUGUUGUCGGUGGCAUCAUCGUCUAUCAGCUUGUCAUGGUGGGAGUUGGGCAAAUUGUUGGAUUAUUGUUGAACCUGCGAACCUUUGUUGUUGCGAACAAACUGGUUUACAUAAUCAGCUCAGGGCCAGAGGUGUAUCAACUCCUUGUUGCCCUUAAAACUGAAACAUGUUUCCGGUAUUUUUUGUCAUUCAGGAGGYUGUUUCUGUUGGUGUCAUUCUUCUUUUUCUUCUUCAACAUUCUGGUYGGUUUGAUAUCUUGUUUACUGCGCAUCCUCAAAGGAAUGGUUCUGGGUGUUCUGUUYAUUGGACGAAUUGACCGRCCCUUGAUUAUGAAAGGAUUUACAAACUUAGACUCAGCAUACAUUGCGUACAUUGGGUUUCUUCAUCUUCAAGUUGCACACAAGCAUCCCGUGGUCAGAGUGUUCAGCCACAUACUGUGGACAGGCAUGCGCAGAAAGCAGCUACAGCGAMUSCAAUCAACUACUGUGGAUGGUGUUGGAGCGGAGAAUAAUGCCGCUGAAUCAGAUAAUGGAUUAACAGAACUCAAGGAGACAAAUUCAUCUCGUCCUCGUGUAUCAGCGUCUGCGCUAAACAAAUGGUUUAUCGCAGUCACAGUGAUCAGAAACCCAACGUUGAUCUACAAUCGUAAAGGAUUCCUUAAGCAUAUUCUAAUGGGAAUACCCAACAGCCCUAGCUUAAAUAGUCGAGAAAACAGCGUUGCACAAAGCAACGAGAAACAUUCGUUAAAUGGUAGACGAAGUUCGAGUUCAUCAACAAAUUAUACAGAUGGUCGACAAAAAUUAUUAAAUAAUAGUCCAUCAGCAAGUGGUAGUAAAGACGUAUCUUCGAACAGGCCUUCGCGGCGAAGACAAGACAAGGAGGAAGCUAAAAUUAACAGGCAAAGAAGUCAAGAACAGUUACCGCAUGUCGAAGUAAACACAACGAAUGAUGCACUAGAUUUCUUGCCAAAUGGCGAUGCAAGAACAGACGACCGAGAACGAGAGGACAGGAUUAUUUUUGUAUAAAGUACUUUAAAAGUAAACUAUUUUGAAGAGUUUUAUAUUUUAUCAAACGUCUUUUCGAUCAUGUCGAUCAUGUCGCGAAUAGGCCUUAUUGACUGUUCUUGGAGAACGAGAGGACAGGAUUAGGUUCGUACCCCAAGCAAACUAUAUAAAGUAAUCUA